AUGAGUGACCAAGGAUACCAGUCCGCGUCGGAAGACGUCCCCCCAUCGACUCAGCCCAGCUCGGAAAUCCAACCGUCGCAGGUCGCAGAAUCCGAGACCAGGCCCAGGACCAGAAAGACCAGCAAAACGCCCCUACCCACAAUCGCCGAGGAGGACGCUGAAGAGAAUCCCGACCUGCUGAAUGUGACUUCCCGGAACAAAAAGGCAUCCAAGUCUAACGAGCAUAAAAAGACCCCUGCGUGCCCACCGUGUAGGAAGUCGAAGAUCAAGUGUAAACAUCGUCUUGAGAUCGGUGAAGAUGGCCAAAUCAUUGAAGAUAGCCAAAUCAGUGAAGAUGGCCAAGUCUCUCCAGAACCAGUCACUCCGCCGAAGACGCGCAAACGCAAAGCCAACACUGUCACAGCAGGAGGAGGAGGGGGAGGAGGAGGAGAAGAAGAAGAAGAAGAACAGGUAGAGCCAGAAUCUCAGACCGAGUUGAAGAGGAUUAAGCUUACUCUGGACAAGAACGAGGACAAAGGCAAAGAACCAAGCGAGGAAGUGGCAGAGCCAGCCACAGCGACUAAAAGAACCCGCGGAAGGCCUCGAAAGCGUCCCAUCGAGGACUCGGGUGCCGGGGAGAAUGAAGACAGCAAUCCCCCGGCGGUCAAACGGCCCAAGAAUAACAAAGCGCAGGAGCAGACAGUGUCUGCCGAGUCCGGCGAGGCAUCAACAGCUCCCGCCCGGAGGAAAAAUACAGCCCUGAGAAAUUUGGAGGACUCGGCGAGUUUAUCUUACAUUCAGGUGAUGAUGCGCCAGAUGGGAAGCCAAUUAAAGGAUUCCGACGACAAGUAUGAAGCGUCCUUGAAUAAAUUUGCAACGACCCUGGAAACAUUCAAGGAGGUCCUCGAUUUAUUUAACGAGGCCAAGCAAAGUUUCAAGGGGGCCAAGGGGACGAUGGACGUCAUGGUAGAGAAAUUUGGGAAUGGUGAGAACUGA